GUCAGAGCUGGAAAAACGUGAUAUCCAUCGGCGACUCUCAGUUCGAACGGUACGGACUCCUCGCCGCCUCCACGGCGUACAUCCAGAAUAAGCGGAUGAGCCAGCUCGACGUUACCCCCUUUUCGCCGGCUCAGUCGGGCGCGUGGCAGAAGCUGGAUGUGACCCAGGACGCGGAGCACCAGAUACGCCUCCGCGUGAAGUGCUGCAAGCUCUUGGGCGAUCCAGAUAUGGACG